AUGGGGUUAGGUAUUCAAGAACCCAACUACGAUGGUGAAAUUACAGGAACUUUUGAGAUGCUUGCAUCUUCAACUUCAGAUUCUCAUGCUGGUGGGUCAAAUACCAUUGAAACAGAAUCAACAAACUUGAAAAGAACCAAAACUGGUGUUAUAUUAAACCCUCAACCACAUGAUAAUCCUAAUGAUCCACUUAAUUGGCCCAUUUGGAGAAGAGACGUUGCUCUAUUAGUUCUUGGUUGGCAUUGUUUUGUUGGUGGUGGUCAAUCUUCUAUGUUAGCCGCUGGAUUAACUCAACUUGGUGUUGAAUUCAACGAAUCGUCUACAACUUUGGCUUAUUUAGUUGGUGGUUUCAUGUUAUCUUUAGCAUUUGGUGCUUUAUUAGCUUCCCCAACUGCUAUUUUAUUUGGGAAAAGAUUUGUUUAUAUCUUUGGUAUUGCAAUUUUCCUUGGUGGUGCAAUUUGGGGUGCUGUUGCUAAGAAUUUUGGCUCCUUAAUGGGAGCAAGAGUACUUAUGGGUAUUGGUGUCUCUCCAGUGGAAUCAUUACCUUCUGCCACUAUUGCAGAAAUUUAUUUUGCUCAUGAAAGAGCUUAUAGAGUUGGGAUUUAUACAUUACUAUUACUUGGUGGUAAAAACUUAGUUCCAAUGUUUAGUGCAUUUGUUUUCCAGAAUUUAGAUAGACAUUGGUUAUUUUGGAUUGUUGCAAUAAUUGUUGGUGUUGAUUUAAUCUUACAUUUUUUAUUUGUUCCUGAAACUUUUUGGAAUAGACCACCAACUCCAAAUCAAAGAUCCAUUGAUGAAACAAGAGCUGCGAGAAAAGCAUUAAAGAAAAGAAUGACCUCACAUUCACUAGUUCAUCCAAAUCAAUUUGCCCUAUACCAUAAUGAUGAGGAAGAACAACUUGAUAAUGUUUCCAUUGAUUCACAUACCCAAGGUCAAAACCCAAUCGGUAUAACUCAAACAAAUUCAACACAUGGAUCAAGUCCGCAUGUUAUACAAAAAAAAUCUUUUAUCAAAGAAUUACAUCUUUUCAGUGGACGUCAUACUAAAGAUAAAUGGUGGAUGGUAUUUCUCAGACCUUUUGUAUUGUUUUUUUAUCCACAUGUUUGCUUUGGAGCUUUUUUCUAUGCAUUUGCAGUUGUUUGGUUAAUUAUGAUUUCUGAAGUUAUAUCUGAAAUCUUCACACAUCCACCUUAUGGGUAUUCAAAAUUAUCAGUUGGAUUAUUUUACCUUUCACCAUUUAUUGGUGGUUCUUUAGGAUCCGCAGUUGCAGGUAAAGCUUCAGAUAUGGUUGUUCGUUAUUUGGUGAAAAGAAACAAUGGUAUUUAUGAGCCAGAAUUACGGUUACUAAUGGUUAUACCGUCUGUCUUAACUACAUGCAUUGGUCUAAUGGGAUUUGGAUGGGCAUCACAAGUACGCGAUACAUGGGCUGGACCUAUUAUUUUAUUUGGUGUACUAGCAUUUGGAUCAUCAUUAUCCUCAACAACUGCAAUUACGUUUACAAUUGAUUCUUACAAGAUGUUUGCAGGCGAAUGUCUAGUUACAUUAAAUGUUACCAAGAACGUUAUUGGGUUUCUGUUUUCAUUAUUUAAUAACGAAUUCAAUCACAAACAAGGUUAUAAAAAUGCAUUUGUUGUAUUUGGGUGUGUUGAAAUAUUUGUUGGAUUAUUUGCAAUUCCUUUAUAUUUUUAUGGUAAAAGACUUAGAAGAUGGACAGAUGAGAAAGAAUUCAUGAGAAAACUAUAUCAUGUUGAUAAUUUGAAUAGUGGUGCUCCAAAUCUAGAGAAUAAUGAGAAAUUAGAAGAUACAGGUAACCAUGAGAUGUUGAAUGAACAUUUAUCAUCAGGUAAUUCUGGAGACACCUCACCAGGCUCAAAGAUAAGGGAGGAGGGUCAAAGAGUUGAAGAUUGA